GUCCACGGACAAGCGAUUCUUGGACCAGUUUGCCGAUGGAGAAUUGAAGAAGUUCGAGCCUUUCAGCAACUAUCCACCAGUGUUUAAAGACAUCUCCUUUUGGAUUGACGACUAUACCAAGUUUGAUUUGAACAGAUUCUUCGAAAUUUGCCGAGAGGUAUCCACUGACUGCCUCGAGUCAAUCGAAAUGAAGGAUGAAUUCUUCCA